AUGUCUGGCUACGACAUGGAGUGCAAGGCGACUUUGGUAACACAUCGGUCCGACUCAACAGCAGCGAAACAACCGCCAGCUGUAUCAGACCUAUCAAUUGACCAUCGACUCUGGGGUCUGAAUGCCGAAGAUAGUGCCCGGGUCCUUGGUCUCUACGACCAAGGCAGACGGCUCAUUCCAGGCUACAACAAACUCCAGAAAGACAUUGAAACGAGGCAGAACCAGAUCAUGCGAUCUGUAAACGGGACCGAUGAUUGGGAUUGGUUGAUGCGCAACAACGUACCAGAAUUUGAGGAGCUCGAUCUACAGGGUAUGAGCAUUCCUGAGCAGGAAGUAAUACUCAGACGUGUGAAGAUCAAGGAUUAUUUUGACGAGGAAAUCCUCCGUGAUCUCAUGGGAGAAAUGGAGGCCGUCGAGGGCCCUAUUGAUCAGAUCGCUGCGACAUGCGCAGAUCUGCAACUUUGUCCGUCAUUCACGGCUAUCAUCCUCCGGAAGCUUCCUCCCGAGCUGCGAGACCAGAUUUACCACCAUCUCUGGAUGGAAGAGCAAAUCAAGAGCAUGGACCAAGCUAUUUCGUUUGUUCCCAAACAUCAUUCCUUAGACGAAGCCGGCACGAAAGUGCAAGAUCUGCCCGUGCCACGUUUCGCAAACGCCGCCCUGGUGGGCGAGGAUUUCGCAUCUGAAGCUGUGGCCACAUACUUCAGAGACCUGUCAAAAUUUGAGCUCGAUUAUCGCUACGUCCGUGCCUGCCUUGAACGCGACCACUUUGGUUCCAUGCCAUUCUCGUUCAAGGAGGCUAUACGACAUCUUGUCAUCACGGUCGACGAGGACUUUGGUAAUCUCUAUUCAGGAAAAAAGAUAGCAUGCAGGGCGUUGAGCGACAGCAUGAACAGCCUGCUGAUGCUGAGAGAGCGUCAGUGUCUCAGCGUCGAGAUCUAUCUGGGGCCGGAUAUGCAAUGGAGGCUGGCCCUGUUCCAGGCUCUCGAAGUCAUCAAACCAGUCUUCUUGAUGCUUCGUAAAGCCAACAUAGACGUCAAAAUUCUGGGUUACGACUUCUUCAGCACGACCGAAGACGAUGAUGCAGACGUCUUGUCUGAACAGCUAAAUAUUUACUUCACUGCGAGUACUCCAGAGGAGUGGUUGGAGAUGAAGGCCAAAGAGAUCAAAGAGAUGCCACAGGGACCGCUUCGGCAGCGAUGCAAACGGACACUGCGAAUCAUGCGAAAAAACCUCGAGUUUGUCAUGCGAGAUUCUCGCAAGGGCGCUGAGUCUGCUAGAGCAAGUGUGUAA